AUGCCAGUUGAGCAGUUGGAAGAGGAAAAUAAGACUCUCAGAACGAAGGUUCGGGUGCUGGAGGAGGAACUCAAGCACCGCAAUGCCGAAUGCGUUAGGCUGAGGGAUGAGCUGCAGUUGCUAUCGGGGGUGAUGCGGGAAAAUGACAGUCAACGCCAAUUGAUCGAUACGUUGCGAGAGGAGCUUGAAUUCUCCCGAAAGAGCCAUGCGGAGGCGGUAGAGGCGCUUAACGUGGGGGAGAAGCAAAGGAGAAAUGAAGAACACAGACAGCGCAUGGCGAGGGUGCAGUUGCAGCUUUCUACCAGUGGGAUGGAUGUAAAGACGGGUACUUCAUCACAAGCGGGGGGUGCGGUGUUACCGGUUGUGACCGGAGGUGUGGUACCGACGUCAAGCGGUGUAGAGAUCAUAUGCAAGAGUUCAAACAUCUCUUCCCUUGGGUUCGCGCCGGUGCAGCGACCCCCAGAUUUUGCUGGCAGUGCUUAUGGGCAAUUUUACAGAGGUGUUGCUAAUAGUGCUGACCUGGUGGAAGAGGAGGACGAGGUUUCACGGCUUAUGGCAAUGGCGAAGGACGGGGCAAUGCUGGACAUUAAGCAUGCUGAGGUUACCGAUGGUGAGGAAAAUGAGCUUCUGGAGCGUUACAAGGCGUUAAAGCUGUGGAAACCUAACUAG